CGUGACGUAGAAAUUUACUGCCAGCAACGACCAAUGAGAUUUGUGUGCGAACUCGCUCUCGAAUUUUGAUUGGACGUCGAAUUCUUCAUCUCGGCUCAUCAAUCCACUGGUACGUUACCUGCGUAACGAGUUUACAAUAUAUUACGGUUACGCUGUCAGCCGCCUCCCAUGUGGUUCAUAAUAUCCAGUUAUGUUCGGCUCUUCCGGUUAAGCAGCUUUACCGGCGGACUGCGUGUGUCAGCGAGUCCCUCCUGUCGCCUCAGACCGACAUUUCACCCUGCUGUUCCUUCACUCUCCGCCCGGAAAUUCAACAUGCAGCCCAGCCGAAGUGUAGCAAGCAGUUGCGGCGAAGCGGGUUUAGACAAAGCAAAUAGUUCAGGGCCGGAGAAUUACAGCACCAGCAUUGCCACAGUCACUACAGAAGAAACGGGUCCUCCGGAUGUGAAGAAGCAAGUGGAGAGCACGCUUGUUCUAAACCAGAGACGCCUAAGGACUCAUAGUCCGCUAUUAGGGGCCAACUGUGAUGACGACUCGGAGGCAGAGUCUUUCCGGGAUGGGAGAAGCGAAGAGGUCGACCGGGACACCAGGGAGAGGGCCAUAAAUUGGUCCCGAGACUUUCUGUCGGGGUCGUGGAAGACCAUUGAAGAUGCUGAUUUUCAAAUUAGCAUUGUCAGUGGUGGACUGAGUAAUCUGCUGUACCUGUGUAGUUUGCCCGACCAUGUGCAAUGUGUGAAAGACGAACCUCGCCAGGUGCUCCUCAGGAUUUAUGGUGCCAUCUUACAGGGAGUGGACUCUUUGGUACUAGAGAGUGUGAUGUUUGCCAUUCUGGCUGAACGAGCUUUAGGCCCAAAACUUUAUGGCAUCUUCCCCCAAGGACGCUUGGAACAGUACCUUCCGAAUACUCGCAUGCGCACCAGUCAGCUUUCAGACCCAGCCAUCUCCGCUGAGAUUGCCACGAAGCUGGCCCGUUUCCAUAACAUGGUUAUGCCCUUUAACAAAAAGCCUAAGUGGCUGUUUGGGACCAUCGAUAAAUACAUGGAACAAGUGAUGAAUAUUAGUUUUGUACGUGAGGCACAUGUGAAGAAGUACAAGAAGCUGAUGAAACUGGACCUUCCUGCUGAACUGAGAAGCCUCCGUGCUUUGCUCGCAGCAACUCCCUCGCCAGUGGUGUUUUGUCACAAUGAUGUCCAAGAAGGCAACAUCCUCAUGCUGGAAGAGGGAAAGCAUUCCUCAGCGGAAAAACUCAUGCUCAUAGACUUUGAAUACAGCAGUUACAACUACAGGGGUUUUGACUUCGGCAACCAUUUCUGUGAGUGGAUGUAUGACUACACCUACAAUGAGUGGCCUUUCUACAAAGCCACACCAGAGAACUAUCCAACCAGAGAGCAGCAGCUUCUUUUUAUUAGAAGUUAUUUGGCAGAACAGCACAAAGACAAUAACGUUGCUGUGGACCAGACACAAAUUGAAGAAGAUUUAAUCAUUGAAGCAAACAGAUAUGCAUUAGCAUCACACUUCCUCUGGGGGCUCUGGUCCAUCAUACAAGCUAAGAUAUCCAAGAUUGAGUUUGGAUACAUGGACUACGCCCAGUGUCGUUUUGAUGCCUACUUCAAGCAAAAGAAGCUCUUCAGCUGAGAUCCAGCUUGUUAAUCAAAAUGUACUGUCUCAUUUGUCUGUCGUUAUCAUUCUUCAAGCUUGCCCCCUACAUUGUGUUGGAACUAUGUCUGUCUGCUUAAGGUGAAAUGACAAAAAAAGACCCUCUGCACCUCAAGCAUUCUAUUUUACUCACGAAUACCCUUAUUGUGAAAUGUUGUCAUCAUUUUGGGGGCCACAGUUGAUUCACAACUGGUUUUCUUUCAUAUAAACACUUGUUAGAUGCACUUCACUUCCUUGGACCAUUAUUAGACACUGGCCGGUUAUCAUGGGACGCAUUUGUGUAAAAGAUCUACCUCACCCUUGUGAUGUUCAUAGGGUGUAUAGUUUUCAUCCUAAAGGGCUGAUUCUGACUAUUCAGUGAGGGAAUAACUGAGACCCUUAUUACCUAAUCACUCCAUGCUUCAUAACUUUUUCCUUAAACAAUUUAAAAAUAUUCCACUCCAGUUAUUCUUUAACUGUUACAUUACAAACUUGCCUACAUUUAGCAAAUUAUUAUGGGAGUCAGUUUAACUAUUAGAAAGUGUAAAGCUGUUUUUUACACAUGAACUGGAGCGCUGACCUGUUUUGGACAUUCAAAGCAGAAAGUUUACGUGGUGUCCUGUCGCACUGAUGUGAGAAUUGCGCAAGUGGUAGUGGUGUAUGGCAACUCCUGCAUGCUUUAUCCAGACAGCACCCUCUCCUUACUUGCACAAAGCCUUUCCCAUAAUGAGAACACAUCUGAAACAGGCUCUCUUAUGUACUGCAUCAGCAUUUUGCAACUUAAAGCAACUUGCAGAGUUCAUGUAUGAAAAAUGGCUUGCAGCAUUUAUGUCAGUCUUUUUUUUUUUUGUCCUGUUAUUACAGUGCAUUUCUGCUGCACUAACUACCUGCCCUUUUAACUCUGUUUUGUUUCCACUUCUUUAAAAUUGCUUCUAUAACUGCUGCUUCAAACAUGUGACAUUCUUACCAAACAUACCAAUCUUUUAGAAAAUAUUUUAAAAAAUUGGUAUAUUUGUGCCCGUUUCACCAAUAAUAAAAAUGUGUUACAGUCCAUUACUGUAGCCCAUUUGAAUGUGAAGUGCUUCUUUUUUUGACAUGCUUUUAUUUAUUUAGACUUUGUUCUAUAUUUGAAUAAAUGUACAUCAAUUUGACAUCAAAUAAAGUUUGCAAAACAAUGUUUUACACAAAGAGGAAACUUGAAGGUUUACUCAUUAACUACCUGUGACUGUUUUUGUUUUUAUUUUUAAGAAAGUUUUUCUGUAAUUUUAUUCUGUUAAAGAAAUUCAGUUUAAAUGCGAAUAAACAU